AUGGCCGCCUCCACCAUGUCCGUCUGCUCUGAUGCUUGCACCAACUCCUCCUGGCAGGUGGACGACUGCCCAGAGAGCUGCUGUGAGCCCAGCUGCUGUGCCCCCAGCUGCUGCCAGCCCAGCUGCUGUGCCCCCAGCUGCUGCCAGCCCAGCUGCUGUGCCCCCAGCUGCUGCCAGCCCAGCUGCUGUGCCCCCAGCUGCUGCCAGUCCAGCUGCUGUGUCCCCAGCUGCUGUGCCCCAGCCCCCUGCCUGACACUCAUCUGCACCCCAGUGAGCUGUGUGUCCAGCCCCUGCUGCCAAUCUGUCUGUGCUAGCUCCUGUGCACCCUCAUGCUGCCAACAGUCUAGCUGCCAGCCCUCAUGCUGCCAAUCUUCCUGCUGUGUACCUGUCUGCUGCAAACCUGUCUGCUGCACACCCACCUGUUCUGGCUCCUCAUGCUGCCAGCAGUCUAGCUGCCAGCCAGCUUGCUGCACCUGUUCUCCUUGCCAGCCAUCCUGCUGCAUGACCCUGUGCUGCAAGCCUGUCUGCUGCACACCCAUCUGCUCUGGAUCCUCCUCAUGCUGCCAGCAGUCUAGCUGCCAGCCCUCAUGCUGUCAAUCCUCCUGCUGUGUGCCUGUCUGCUGCAAGCCUGUCUGCUGCAAGCCCUGCUCCAGCGUGUCCCUGCUCUGCCGCCCUGUGUGCAGACCCGCCUGCUGUGUGCCCAGCUCCUCCUGCUGUGCCUCUUCCUGCCAGCCCAGCUGCUGCAAGCCCUGCUCCAGCAUGUCCCUGAUCUGCAGACCUGCCUGCUCCAGCCAGGCCUGCUGUGGCCUCUGCUCUGGCCAGAAGUCCAGCUGUUGA